AUGAGGCUUCUCAUUUUUCUAAUUUUUAAUUAUGCUCUUUUCAAUGUUGAAUCAAAGAGAGUCAUUCAACAAAUUGUCCUUGAACCGAUCUUUCGAUUCGCUGAUACAAAUGCGUCACCCAUGAAGUCAGUAUUUUUCAUCAAACUUUCCCAAUCGGAUGUUCUAAAUAAUAUUGACUUCAACUCUCAAUCUUUCAACGCAGUUCGUGGAUUCACAAUGGAAAUGUUUCUAAAAGAUCUUAACUGUAGUGUUGACUCGUGCCAAAACUUUCCCCAAAAGGUCAGAGCUGUGUAUCACGUAAUAGAUCGGGAAGGGAGAUCUAAGUUCGAGAUCUCUCCAGCUUCAACUGAUAAACUUGUGGCGAAAUCGGGUUACUUAUCAACAGAGUGGAUGGUGGGAUUGCAUAAAUACAAUGAAUAUUUUUCCGAAGAAGACAAUUUAUUUGCUUACACCAAUAACUAUUUCCCAGCUCAAUAUUACGGCUGUCAGUAUCGAGAUCAUAUGAGCAUCCACUACAAAUUUGUAAGAACUCUUGGUUACGCAUUUGAGCCUAUAUCAAUCCCUACAAAUUUACCUAUCUACUCUCUAAUUGAAACAGAAGUAGAAGAUGAUGUUACGACUCCGUCACCAUAUGUCCCUAAAUAUAUCAAAUCCGCUCCAAUCGACUUAUUCAGGCCUGCUGGUACUCGCCCUCAAACUAAAUUCUCAGUUGGAGGGGAUUUGAAAAUAGUUCCACAAUCUCAAAGUGUUGCAAGAGUUAAUCAAACAAAGGCAUGUGCAUUUAGUAGUCAAAUAGUUCUGCAGGAACUUGAAAAAUGUGGAAAAAUAACAACAAUAUUCCAAUGGGUUAAUCAAGAGCAAGGAUUUCUUAGACUUAGCACGGAUAUUGCUAUGAUUGUUCCAACAACUCCUGUCACAUGGCUCGGAAAGUUUGGUUAUGCAUUCGAGUCAAACGAUGAUAAUAAAUGUGAUUUCCCAUUGGUACCAUUAGGGAAAUGGAAAAUAUUAAUGUUGGAGUAAAAAUUUCGGCUGGCGAUGAGGAUGAAAAUGCAUUGAAAACCUCUGGAUACACACCUACUGGAAGAAUUAUGGGUUACGGCAUUAACUGUGAUGAUCGAGUUGAUGGUGAUAUUCUUGCAAACUAUCCAAUU